CUCUGUCGACUCAACUUACCGCAAAGUUAUUCAGGGAGUCACUGCUAACGAUAGAGGGGAAACAACUGACUGAGAGGGGAUUUAUACAGCCGUCGUUGUCACAGCUCAGUUGAACCAAACAAACAGAUUCACAUUACAUCCACAGAGUAGUGUGUUGUUGAAGAAACGAUGUCAAAAACAGACUGCAAGGCAGCUAAAGACAUGACCGGGGCGAUGGAGGAAACGUUGCAGCGACUUCAGGGACGAUUCCAGACGAUGUCGGAGCAGCUGGACACCAAAAUAGACGAGAUGGGAACCCGCAUCGAUGACCUUGAGAAGAACGUGUCUGAGCUGAUGACACAGGCUGGGAUGGAGGAGCAGGCCAGCUCCAAGUGACAGCCGGCCUGCUGUUCAUCUGUUGCAUCAUGUGACUGCCAAAAAACUGAGGGGUUCCUGUUGCCUUGCCAACAGUGAUGUCACUUUAGUGGUGCCUACAAAGUUCAUCAAACACUUUGACUUCUGAGUCGACCACAGUUUACCUCCUAAGUUGAUCACUUUCAAGUUUAGCCAAAUGUGCGUGUUUUUUCCGAGGUGCUACCAUGCUGCUAACAAACCUGAGUGUAUCACUCAGUACUAACACUAAUCACAGGUUAAGGAGCCUGGGGAAAAAAAAUUCUUCAAAGCAUUUCCAAUCAGAUUAUAGCUGACCAAGGGGCUUAACGUUACCCUGUAGAGAUUUAUUGUAAACAAACAAUGUUUUCUAAUCCCCCAAAAAUCGUAUUUGUACCAUCAAGGCGUAACAAACACACAAAACACAUUCACUACCUCUUGCAAUAUUUUCAAAGCCUUUUUUAAUGUCUUGAAACCUGCAUUCUAUGUGUACAUGUUUUGGUCUUCACAUCGACACCUUUUACAGCCACCAGCUGUAGAUAUGUGUGUGCAUAGAUAGAUAUAUGUCCUUGCGCAAACAAUGCAGGGAUCUGCUUGUCAGAAAAGUGUUGCUCUGCAGUGCCUGUAGUGGUGUAUCUGCCAGUAAACACGGAGGAAGGAGAUAUCAACAUCUUACCACCAAAGAAAACGUAAGGCGUGUCACGUGAGCAAAGCUAAGAAGACAGUUAAGCUCGUACUUGAACUGCUCUUCGGCUGCACUCUGAAGCCAAAACACACAUUUAACCAUAUCAUUUUAACAAGGGCAUCUUCUCAUUUUUUUGGAUCAAAAUCUGUGUGUGUGUGUGGCAUGAAUUUAUAGUUCCUUGUAUACACAGCACAUAAGCUUUGUGUGCACUGUAUCCAAUCCUCCAAUUGCUCAGAUCAACUUGUGUAGGUUGUCUAUAUCCUGAAUAUGACACUUAAAAUGCACACAGUGGCAUCUAACAUUAGCCAUGACAUUAUUGGAAGAAAAUGUAGUUUUGCAAAAUGUAGCAACUUGUGACAAAAGCCAUUUGAAUGGUUUAAACUACUGACUAAAUGUAGUUUGCUCAUAGAAAUACAGCUUUUCUAUCAUUUGCAAUAAUCUAAAUGGUAGUGUUCUUCUUUAUAAUGUCGCCAUGAAACAGUUUAAUCUGCAGUGUAAAUUGAGCUAUCCAGUGGCAUUAAAACUGUGAACUAUUACCCAUACAGUAGGCUGCUAAUAGAGACAACAGGAUUUGCAAACUGAAGGAUAGUAUUUUUUAUUGAUGACUUUAUAACUUAUCUUGAUUUCUGGGAGAAUAUACUUUUUUAUCACAUCUAUGCAAUUAAUUUCUGAGCAUGUGAAGUACAACUGUUUGCCAUAUCAUGUUGCUAUACCUGUCUAACCACCACCAGUUUAAUGCACAUGGUGUUGCACUCAGAUCAGCCAUAGGAUAAACUUAAUGGUCAGUAGGUACUGUAGUUCUGUGACUGAUAAUUACUGUGCACCAAAGUUAACAUGCAACAGCCAAAUACAGUUUUUUUUUCAUAAAACACUUUCUGUAUUUAUCUCUUGAAAUAAAAAAAAAUAAAAAAAAGUUAAUUUCUCUC